UGUUAGCAUGAAGCGCUUCCGAUUCUGGUCAAAUGUGGCUAAGGUAGAAAAUUCUGACCCUGCUGGUGAGGUUGGCGAUGAUGGUGGUAGCAAAUUUUUUGGUAUCAAAUCAUACUUGCACAAUUUUUACCUUACUCCGGGUGGUCUUGAGCAUAUCGAAGGUGUUGGUAAAGGAACAGCAGAAAAUGCCUGGUACUUAUUGCCUCCUCCACCCACCCAACGAAUGGGGCUCUACGUAUGCCGACUGCUUACUGUUCUUGGAUUGCUCCUAUUAUUAGGUGGAGCCACGGCCAUCAUCGUUGGCUAUUGUUGGCCUCGAGAACAAAACAUUGAAGGUGAAUUGAUGCGAAUAGCGAUAGAUCAGGAUGAAGACGGUAAUUUCUAUGUACUUCCUGAACGACUUGCGGAGGUUAUGUCAUCUUUGCAAGAUCCAAUGCAUAAGUGGAAAAUGACUGGUUUCUGUGUUUUCGCGGCUGGGGCUUCAUUAAUGGCACUCUCUCUGUUGGUUCCCAUGCUUGCCCAGUGUUGCGGUGGUACUCGACUUGCUGCCUUUUCCUCCGUUGAUAAUACACCAAAUGAGCCCCCUGUACGCAUUUAUCCUGGAGGAGGCUGUGGUAUUCAACCUUCUGGCCGUUUCAAGGUCGUGCCAGCCAAGUUUGCUGGCUCUCACAAAAUCUCCCCAACAAACAAUGGCCCGGUGCCCGUUAUGGAAGAAAUUUCAAAGGUACAGCCAGGUUCUAAGGGCGCAUCCAAAGUUGGAUCACCUACUUUAACCUGUGCAGCAGAAGAACAAAUGCUACUAGAUCAAUUGGUAGACUCUUCAGAUGCGCAGCCAUUAAUACGUUGA